GAGGUGAGCUCGCGGCAGCAGCUCUGACAGGUGUCGUGCACCUGGCCGCGGGAGCGCGCAUGCUUCAGAGGUAGUGUUGUUGUAAUAACUUGAUAUUUCCUUUGUAGCCAGGAAAUAGAGCUGGUGUGUGUAAACUACUCUGUUAAGGAUCAUUGCCAGCUGUUUACUUAUAUGUAUAUUUCAUUUCUCUUCACAGAAGUAGAAGCAGGCCUGUAGUUCUGGGGCAAAGAAGGGCCCAGAGUAGUUUGUUUUAACAGGUGGCUGAACAGCAGCUUGUUUGAAAUCAGAGCGACAGACAAGAUGGCAACGAGUUAUUGAUUAUAGAGAGCACACAAGGACCAAUAGAAACAAUACAAAUUGUUAACAAAGAAGUGGGACAAUGUCAAGGGGACUAAAGGAGCUUUUUCAGAUUACUAACCAGAUUGGUGAGCUGUUGUGGUGAGAUUGGAGAAAACUCUGCAGGAUUGUUGGCUGGUAAGGGCAAGGUGUUGACUGAAGGAUGUUUGCUCGUAUGUCAUUUAUCUUACCGACAAAGAAGGAGAGAAAGUUGUUGCACUCAACUGAAAAAAUGGAUAAAAACAGCAGCUGACGCAGGAGAGACAACGUUACUGAUGCUGUCAAACGAGAUCUGGGGAGAACGUCAACUAUUAGAUACAAGCUUAGAAACGGACGUAGCUCUGGCCACUUUAUCCAGGACCGACAGGCAGUGCUCAUUAAAAGACUGUAGUGGAGAAUCCACGUCACUAUAAUAACAGGGCUAUUAUCAAAGGCAGCAGGAGACUUUGCUGCAGGGAGAUGGUUUAGGAUGCGAGAGCUAAUUUCACAGCGACAAGUUUCCCAGCAUGCCUCAGCUGUGGAGCUGUAUGAGGGGGAGGAGUUUGUCCUGCUGCCCUGUGAGUAUCGAACUGUUGAACUAGACGACCCCACAGUGGUGUGGAGCCGCUACGAUCUCGAUCCUCCAACCGUCCACCAGCGUCAGCAGGAAGGUGAUGAACUUACAUAUCAAAACCAGCUUUACAGCGGCCGAACAUCCAUGAUGCCUGACGCUCUGGAAACCGGAGACCUCAGCCUCAAUCUGACAAAACUCCACCUGUCUGACAGCGGCACCUACACCUGCACCGCCAGAGGGUUAGGAGGACAACGGAGAGUGGGAAACAUACAGCUGAAGGUCAAAGUUUUCCAGCAUGCCUCAGCUGUGGAGCUGUAUGAGGGGGAGGAGUUUGUCCUGCUGCCCUGUGAGUUUCAGACUUUUGAGAUGAAGGACCCCACAGUGGUGUGGAGCCGUGGCGAUCUCGAUCCUCCAACCGUCCACCAGCGUCAGCAGGAAGGUGAUGAACUUACACAUCAAAACCAGCUUUACAGCGGCCGAACAUCCAUGAUGCCUGACGCUCUGAAAACCGGAGACCUCAGCCUCAAUCUGACAAAACUCCGCCUCUCUGAUAGCGGCACCUACACCUGCACCGCCAGAGGGCUAGGAGGACAGCGGAGAGUGGGAAACAUACAGCUGAAGGUCAAAGUCCACCAGGUGGAGCUGUAUGAGGGGGGGGAGUUUGUCCUGCUGCCCUGUGAGUUUCAGACUGUUGAGAUGAAGGACCCCACAGUGGUGUGGAGCCGCGACGAUCUCUAUCCUCCAACCGUCCACCAGCGUCAGCAGGAAGGUGAUGAACUUACAUAUCAAAACCAGCUUUACAGCGGCCGAACAUCCAUGAUGCCUGACGCUCUGGGAACCGGAGACCUCAGCCUCAAACUGACAAAACUCCGCCUCUCUGACAGCGGCACCUACACCUGCACCGCCAGAACGCUAGGAGGACAACUGAGAGUGAGAAACAUACAGCUGAAGGUCAAAGAACGAUUUCCAUACUGGUCCAAAGUUCUCCUGGUUCUCCUGGUUCUCCUGGCUGUUGGUCUGGUUGCUGGUCUUUUGGUACAUUUUCGGCACUAUUUCAUGUCAGUCUGUCAGGUGGAGGUGGAUUCAGGGGUGGAGUCUGUCCUGCUGCCCUGCAAGACAACAGUUCGCCUGCCUAAAGACGUCACAGUGGAGUGGAGGGACGGAGACAACAGGACGGUCCACGUGUAUCAGAAAGACUCUGACCGGUCUGGAGAACAGGACCAGGUGUACAGAGACCGAACAGAGAUGAAGGAAGACCUGCUGAGAACUGGAGACUUCAGUCUGACCCUGAAAUCCCCCACAGACACAGACACCUACACCUGCACCGCCUACAGCAGGGAGGGAAGGAUCCUGAUGGAGAAAAAAGUGGAGCUCCGGGUCAGAGUCUGUCAGGUGGAGGUGGAGGUGAAGGAGGGGGUGGAGUCUGUCCUGCUGCCCUUCAACACCACAGCUGACCUGCCUGAGGACGUCACAGUGGAGUGGAUGGACGGAGGCAACAGGACGGUCCACGUGUAUCAGAAAGACUCUGACCGGUCUGGAGAACAGGACCAGGUGUACAGAGACCGAACAGAGAUGAAGGAAGACCUGCUGAGAACUGGAGACCUCAGUCUGACCCUGAAAUACCCCACAGGCAGAGACAGAAACACCUACACCUGCAGAGUCUACAGCAGGGAGGGAGACAUACUGAUGAGGAAACAGGUGGAGCUCCGGGUCAAAGUCUACCAGGUGGAGGUGGAUUCAGGGGUGGAGUCUGUCCUGCUGCCCUUCAAAACCACAGGUGACCUGCCUGAGGACACUGAAGUAAAGUGGAGGGACAGUUGUGACAGGAAGGUCCACGUGUAUCAGAAAGACUCUGACCAGCCUAAAGAACAGGACCAGGUUUACAGAGGCCGAACAGAGAUGAAGCUGCUGAGAGCUGGAGACCUCAGUCUGACCCUGAAAUCCCCCACAGGCAGAGACAGUAACACCUACACCUGCACCGUCUACAGCAGGAAGAGAGACAUACUGAGGAAGAAACAGGUGGAGCUCCGGGUCAGAGUCUGUCAGGUGGAGGUGGAGGUGGAUUCAGGGGUGGAGUCUGUCCUGCUGCCCUUCAAGACCACAGCUGACCUGCCUGAGGACGUCACAGUGAAGUGGAGGGACAGUUGUGACAGGAUGGUCCACGUGUAUCAGAAAGACUCUGACCAGCCUAAAGAACAGGACCAGGUUUACAGAGGCCGAACAGAGAUGAAGGAAGACCUGCUGAGAGCUGGAGACCUCAGUCUGACCCUGAAAUACCCCACAGACAGAGACGGAGACACCUACACCUGCAGAAUCUACAGCAGGGAGGGAGACAUACUGAUGAGGAAACAAGUGAAGCUCCGGGUCAAAGGUCACUAUGAAGACACAGAGAGACGAACAGAAGACGCUCUUCUGCUGGCUGAGCAAUCUGUUUGAUCGGUCUGUCGGUGGAUCUUUGAUUAUUGAUCCGAUCUGACUUUGGAUCAGAGAGAAAAUGGAGGUGAAGCAGCUGAUGGAGGACGGAUGAAGACCGUUGGACGCUUUGUCAGCUUCUUCUUCACACUGACUCCUCCGACUGAACCAACAGGAACUGUUACAUUUUGGGACACAGUGUCAUUAGUGAUUGUUUUCAAAGAAUAUUUUCAGUGAUUUCUUAACCUUAAACAUAUGUAUAAUGUUACCUGAUAUUAUGUAUUAACCUAUUAUGAUGUGUUCCAGCUUCAACCCUCAGAGAGCAUGUGUGUCUGCUGUCACCCCGUCCUCUCAGAGACAGAAAGGAAAUACCUGAGACACAAAGAACACUUGGACAUGUAUUCAUUAUAUUUUACUAACUGACUUGCUGUGCGUAUAGGCGUACCGAUGCAUAUAGAUAUUCAGUGUAUUGCCAUAAUAACAGAUGCUGUUGCAUGUAUGACAUCUAAAGCGUGAGUUAGCUGGCUAUUACUUCCUUAUUGUACGAGAAACUUCCUUAAUUCAAAGGAAAAGCAGCAAAUCUGCACAUCUGAGAAGCUGGAACCAGGAAGUGUUUUACAGGAAAAAUGACUUCAAACAUCAAAACAGCUGCAGAUUAAUUUUCUGUCAGUCGACUAAUUGAUUCAUCGUUUCAGCUGUGCUUGGAUAAACUGUUGGGGAGUUUAAUUUAUAACAAAACAUAUUUUAUAAACUCUUAUGAUGUUUUGUGUGUAAACAUCUUAAUCUGUAAAGUAACUAAAGCCGUCAGAUAAAAAGUCCAAUAUUUCCCUCUGAGAAGCAGGAAGUGGUAUGAAAAGAAAAUACUCAAGUAAAGUACAAGUACCUCAAAUUUGUACUGAAGUUCAGUACUUGAGUAAAUGUCCUUGUAAUGUUACACAUUUCUCUGCUAAAGCUCCAAAAGAGUUUGGCAGGAUUGUGGUCCUCCUGUGUGAGUCUGAAACACCAAAUGUCUUUUACAGCCACGGUCCUAACACAUUUGAACAAGUUAGCCGGGCUCAUUGUCGUGUGUACAAAGUGAAUUACAGGGACACAGUUAGUGUUAGACGUGUUUUCACACAGACGUGUCUAACACCUGACUCUCCAGAGUUACAUCCCUCACACGAUGUGGGCAGAAAACGUCAGCACAGAGAAUGAUUGGAUGAAAGGAAGUGGUACUGAACAGGUUAAAUGAAGGACUAUGGUUCCUCUAAGUGUCACAGAAAUAGCAGCGACCGCUGAGGAAGGGUCCGUGGGGAUUAUGUAAAAUGUAAAAUGUCCAAUAUUGCUUUUUAAGUUUUUGUCUUGUGAUUGCCUAUUACCUUAUAUCAUUCUAGAAAUAAAGAAAAAGUACAAGUUCAAGUUGAAUAAGAACAAGAUUUUAGCGUGUGAUUUUAUUAUUUUUAAGCUAAAAAUAACGGCUGUUAGACGUUUUUAACAUGAUUAAAAGAAAACCACCCCACUAAAGUGUCAUUCAGUGUAACAGUUCAUAUCCAGAUAAGACAUGUGAGACAUUCACAGCUACAUCACUUAGAUAACAUACUAAAAAACACAUUGAGAAUCACAAUUCACCCCCCAAAACUAAUUGUCAUGUAAUCAUGAGAACUAUACUACAUGCAUGCUGUGUAUUCCUGCAUUUAGUGAACUGGACCUUCUGGACUACAAGUUGCAUGUUUUCGUCCUGGCAAGUGUGCAAGAUAUGCAUCUGGUCUUAGUUAGUACAAGCGAGCAGUGUUUUGGGUGGAGUAUCUUUUAAAUAGUUUCUCUUAAAACUGUGACAUGCGGAGGCCCAGAAACUACAGUAAGCUGCUCUCCUGAUCAUUGCAAGGCCGUACCUUUCGCUUCUGCUUGCAAGCAACUUCUGCCUAUGGUCUGCACUUAUUUUCUGCCCAUGCCUUUGUUAGUCAUUUUCAGAUAUAUAAAUGGCAGAAAUGCAUUAACCCUUAUGCCACCCUUAGUUACUCUCAGCGCCUUAGAUCACAAAAAUGUCUGCGUCUGUUCUUUUAAAUCAAGGCUGAAGACUUUUCUGUUCUGAGUACAGUUUUUUAACCAACAUCAGUCCUGAUCAGAACUAUUAAAUAUUCAUUCGUUUUCAGGAUUUUAACCCUUUAAUUGCCACUUUGUUUGCAUAAUGACACAAGAAAUGAAUUCUUUUCCAUGUACUUACUGCAAACUGGGGGGGGGAGGGGGAUUACCACAUAUGUCAAUGAUUAGCAACAACAUUGAUUUGUAUGCAGUAUUAUAUUUUGUGCAGUGUCAGAUUAAAGUAAAGAAUCUUAACUCA